UAUUCCCAUACUCAACGAUCACAGAUCCACAAUCUACCAAACUUACUAGCACCAUGGUUGCUGAGUGGUCAGUUGGGCUUUUCGACUGCUUUGGGGAUUUCCGCACCUGUUGCUUGACUUUCUGGUGCCCCUGUGUUACCUUUGGUCGUCUUGCAGGGAUUGUGGACAAAGGCUCCCCAUCAUGCUGCAUGAAUGGGACCCUGUAUGUUUGCCUGGCUUGCGUAGGCUGCAACUGGUUGUAUUCUUGUACCAAACGCUCGGCGAUGCGGUCGCAAUACAACUUGACAGCAUCGCCCUGCAUGGACUGCUGUGUCCACUUCUUCUGUGAGAGUUGCGCGCUAUGCCAAGAGUACAAGGAGCUGGAAAACCGUGGCUUCAACAUGGCCAAAGGAUGGGAAGGUCAAGAUGGUGGGAUGUGUGCAAGGCAUGAAAGCACCUGGGAAGCAAGGGAUGUGUUUCUAGAACAUGUCCAUAAAAUGAUGCUCUUAGCUCUCCUGUUCUGUUAAUUUUCAUUUCAUGAUGUU